CCACCACCACCAGCAGCCGACCAAACAAUUUUCACACCAAACGCGACGCACGCGCGCAACAGCCUAGCGAGGCGCGAGAUUAAUGGGGCAGAGCCAGGCCCGAGCUGGCAGAGCCAGACCCAAACCAGACGCGCAGCACGCGACGCGGGAGGAGGAGCGGCGCGGCGACAUCGCGAGGCCAGACGCGGCCACCGCAGGCGCCGAGAAGGAGGGGGAGGAGGGGCGGAGACCCCCGCGCAGCCCGGCCAUGGACACCUUCUUCCUGUCGCACGGCUCGCCGACGCUCUCCAUCGACGAUGCGAUCCCGGCGCGGCACUUCUUCAAGUCGUGGCUGCCCGCGCGGGUCGCGGGGGACCGGCCGCCGCGCGCCAUCCUCGUCGUCUCGGGACACUGGGAGACGGCCACGCCGGCGGUCAACGUCAUCCGCGGCACCAACGACACCAUCCACGACUUCUACGGCUUCCCCAAGCCCAUGUACCAGCUCAAGUACCCCGCACCCGGCGCCCCGGACUUGGCCCUGCGGACCAAGGAGCUCCUGGAGCGAGCCGGGUUCGGCCCCGUGAAGGAGGACCACAGCCGCGGGCUGGACCACGGCGCGUGGGUGCCGCUGAUGCUCAUGUACCCGGCCGCUGACAUCCCCGUGUGCCAGCUCUCGGUGCAGACCGACCGCGACGGCGCGUACCACUACAACCUCGGGCGGGCGCUGGCACCGCUGCGGGAGGAGGGCGUCCUCGUCCUCGGCUCCGGCAGCGCCACGCACAACCUGCGCAAGAUGGGGCCCAUGGACGCGCCCGUGCCGCAGUGGGCCGCCGAGUUCGACGCCUGGCUCAAGGACGCGCUCCUCAGCGGAAGGUACGAGGACGUGAACCGGUACGAGGAGAAGGCGCCGCACGCGAGGGUGGCGCACCCGUGGCCGGACCACUUCUACCCGCUGCACGUCGCGCUGGGCGCCGCCGGGGACGCCGCGAGGGCGGAGCAGAUCCACCAGAGCUGGACCAACGCUACGCUCUCCUACGCUUCCUACAGGUUCUCCACCAGCAAUUGACGGCCGCCUCGUGCCGUCGGUGCGGCACCUGCUAAGUGUUGUAUGCUUGUGAACCGUAUCAUCCGUGGUCGUGUAUACGCACGCUUGUAGCAUUGUAUGCAUCAGGGAUCAUGUUUGUUUGAUUGUAUCUUGCAUUGCGGUUGCUUA